UUUCAUUUUAACAUAUUAAGUAAAUUAAAACGCUUACAGGUGUUUUAUGUAACGUUUGAAUGAAAAAUAAAAUUAUUUAUUAAAAUAAAAAUCCUGCUCUAAACCAAAAAAGUUAACAAUAUUAUAAAAAAAAAUGUCAAUUAAAAACAUGAAUUUUAAAAAGUGGUCUAGCAAUAUUUUUAUACUAUUGUGCUUUAGUUUAUUUUCACAAAAUGUGCAUUCACAAUGUUUAAAUCCAAAUGGUCAAUACGGAUACUGUAUGUCUCUAUAUGAAUGUCCACCAUUAAUAUCAGUUGCGAUGAAAAAACCAUUAUCAAAAUCUGAUAUAGCAUUUUUACGUCAAGCUGAAUGUUAUGAAGGAUUUGGACGACCUCCAUUAGUUUGUUGUAAUAAUGAUGUCGGCUUUUAUAAUUUUAAUGGUCUUAAUGGUGUAAAUCCUAACAAUGAUGAAGCUUUUCCAAGUGUAAGUUCUCCUGUUUCACAAAAUCAACCACGUUUAAGAUCAAAUGGAAAUUCGGCUACACUUCCAAAACCACCAUUAUGUGGAAAUGAAGGUAUUUCACCGAAAAUUUAUGGUGGAUCUGAUGCUUCAUUAGAAGAAUUUCCAUGGAUGGCGUUACUUAUUUAUACAAAACCCAGCACUGGUCAAAUGUCUAUGAAUUGCGGAGGAUCUUUGAUUAAUGAUCGUUAUGUUUUAACAGCUGCACACUGCCUUAAAGAGUCAAUAUUUCAGAAAGUUGGACAACUAAAAUAUGUGAGACUUGGAGAAUACGAUAUUACAAAACAAAUUGAUUGUUCAGGUUCACUAUGUGCUGAUUCAGCAAUGCAAGUCGGAAUAGAACGUUUAAUACCACAUGAAAAUUUUAAAGAUAAUGAUGUUCAUCGUCACAAUGACAUCGGUUUAGUUAAAAUGGAUCGUUCAAUUUUAUUCACGGAUUUUAUUCGACCAAUUUGUUUACCAUUUAUGGCUAAAUCAACUCCACCUAGUCCAGGUUCUGAACUUAUUGUUGCUGGUUGGGGAAGAACUUUAAAUGCACGUCGAGCAACUAUUAAACAAAAACUAAGUGUACGAGCGUCAUCUUUAGAAGAAUGUGCAGAAAAAUUUCGUGCUAAAAUGGUAAAUGUUAUUGAUACACAAAUUUGUGCUGGUGGUGUUCUUAGAGAAGAUAGUUGUGAUGGGGACUCUGGUGGUCCAUUGAUGAGAGUAUAUAAAAAUUCAUAUGUUAUUGAAGGGAUAGUUUCAUUUGGUAUAAGAUGUGGUUUUAAAGAUUGGCCAGCCGUUCAUACUAGAGUAUCAAGUUAUGAAAAUUGGAUUAGAAAUAAUGUUAGAUAAAGAAUAAAAUUAAUUAGGAUAUUUGAAUUUUUGAAUUGUGAUGUUUUUUUUUUUAAUAAUGUAAUUAUUUAGUUCAAGUAGUAAAUUAUAAGAUUUUUGAUAAAUUAAUUUUUAAAAUUAAA